AUGUAUCACCAACCCUACACGCCUCCCCCCGACUGCACGCCUCCCCGUCUGCACGCCUCCCCGACUGCACGCCUCCCGACUGCACGCCUCCCCCUGCCUCACGCCUCCCCCGUCUACACGCCUCCCCGUCUACCGCCUCCCCCGUCUACACGCCUCCCCGUCUACACGCCUCCCCCGUCUACACGCCUCCCCAUCGAAGAGCCAAAGCCUAGAUUUAGAUGUACACACCCUGACCCUCCGAGACUCUACACCUGGACCCUCCGAGACUCUACACACCCUGGACCUCAGACACCUGACCCUCCGAGACUCUACACCCUGGACCCUCCAGAGGACUCUACACCUGGACCCUCCGAGACUCUACACACCCUGACCCUCCGAGACUCUACACACCUGACCCUCGAGACUCUACACACCCUGGACCACUCUACACACCCUGGACCCUCGAGACUCUACACACCCUGGACCCUCGAGACUCUACACCCUGACCCUCCGAGACUCUACACACCCUGGACCCUCCGAGACUCUACACCCCUGGACCCUCCGAGACUCUACACACCCUGGACCCUCCGCCCUCUACACCCUGGACCCUGCGAGACUCUACACACCCUGGACCCUCCGAGACUCUACACACCCUGGACCCUGCGAGACUCUACACCCUGGACCCUCCGAGACUCUACACCCUGGACCCUCGAGACUCUACACACCCUGGACCCUCCGAGACUCUACACCCUGGACCCUCCGAGACUCUACACACCCUGA